CGCGAAAGUGAGGAAAACUCUGAUGUGAGUGUGAUGUUUCUACUCCGGUUAUUAUGCGAUUUGUUGUUGUUUCACGGAGCAGUUUAACAAAUAAACACACAAACGGAAGACGUUUAAAGGAAGCUUUACCGAUAAUUGUGUGCAUUUAUCUGAUUUCAGUCGUUUUGGGCUUCUCAUUUAGUCUUUUUAUUUACACUUAAGUUAUUGUUGAAGGUCCAAGUUCGUAUAUCCCAGACAGAUGAGAGGGGGAAAAAAAGACCACUCAUCUUCAUCUUGUCCUUGUUCAUCGUCAACAUCAUCAUCAGUUUCUUAGGAGCAGACCAAGAUGGCUCUAAGGAAGCAAAUACUCAAGGAUACCAGCGACAUUCCCUGUGGAAGCCAACAGGUAGACAACAACUCACAGGAGGAGGACGACGACGAAGACAACAAUGAGGAGCUCUCAUCAUCACUUCUGUCGUUAUCAACAAGAAAAAAAAACAAGAUAGAGAGGGAAAACAAAUCCAAACAAGAGAUGACUGAGGAGGAGAUGAUGGACUUGGCUCUGCGUCUGAGUGAACAGGAAGCCAGCGUCACGGCGCUCAGACAGCAGCAAGAGGAGGAGGCCAUGAUGAAAGCCAUCCAAGAGAGCAUUGUCAGUCAGACAGAACCGAGCCCGGCACCCCAGAGUCAGAGCCUGCUGGACGAUGCAGAGGCUUCACCCGGCGUCUGCUCCCGACGGAAACUCCUUUACUUAGGCGGGAAGACGGCGUCUGCCAUCGACCAGGGAGCGUCAGCGGACAUCCGCACAGCAGAGACCGACCUGAACCAAGGAGCCAAAGGAACUGGAGGUGAACGUAAUACCUUGAGAAAAAAGUUGAAAAGGAAAGAAGGAAGCCCUCUGCUGGAGAUGCCAGAUUUGUCGCAGUCUCAGAAAAUCUCCGCUCAGGAUUCCCCCGGCAGCUCAGACUGCCUGUCAGCGGCUCCGGACUCCCCACAGAUCUCCGACUCGACCCAGAUCGAGGACUGCCAGCCCCCUAAAUCCCCCGUCUUCCCCUCGCAGGGCUGCAGAGCCAAGGUCCUCGUCCCGCGUCUGAGCCAGGACAUGCUGCAGACCUGCAGGAGCUCAGGGUUUGUGUUGUGCUCUCAGGACACUUUGACCUCCACACGAGAGUCUCCGUCUGCUCCGGGCAAGAGCCCGACAUUCCCAAAGAGCCCCAAACUCUCCAGUAAGCUCCCACUGUGCAGGAGUCCUCUCUUCUCCGACCUCGAUGAGGGAGACGAUGGAGAGUAUUUUAAAAGUCCAAUGUUUGGCUGGAAUACUCAAAACAAGACGUCUGCAAGUGCCUGCAGACCCCAAGACUGUAAAUCGGGGUUUACGUUUUCCUCCCAGGAUAGUUUAACCCCCUCUGUGAGGUCCACUUCCUGUCUGCCCAAGAGCCCAGUAUUCCCAAGAAGUCCCGGCCUCCCCAAUAACCCCCAUCCCUCGGAAGGUUCAGCAACCUGCAGGAGUCCUGUGUCCUCAGAUUCCGACGGAGGACAGGCAGAGCAGAGUCAGGGAUUUUGUAAAAGCCCAGUGUUCGGCAGGACUGGACAACGAGAACAUAUGAAUAUUGAUGUGCAAACCCACUCCUCGGGUUCAGGAAGUGAAGGGAAUUCAACCCCUACCAGGGAUUCGUCUCCGAGUCUG